GUCCACCCGGAUGCAAUGCAUGUCAAGCGCGUGGCUCUGCGCAUCACGUUCACGGGCAGCCAUUGCCAGCGCAGCAUGGUCUUGUGUCACGAACAGGUGGUCGCCGCUCUGCGAUCCUGUGCAGACACGACGCCGCGUCGGAGUUACGCCUGCCAGCCGGGCAGUUCCAUUGGCCCGGCUGUUCUCGUGUUCAAUGAGUUGGGGCUCCAGGACGGGGGCUUUGUGCACGGUGGAGACCAGCAGAGUCACGGGUAUGCCGUUUCGCACAUCAUCGUGCAGCACGCCGGCGGCCAAUCUGCGGUGAGCUGGAUUUCGCACGGUCACGAGGGUGACGCGCGCCAAGCGGUCUUGAUGAUGACCAAC